AUGAAGCUGACCCUGGACCAGUUAUCAGCCCAGCUCAGCUUCACUCCUCUGCUGCAUGUUGAGAACGCCACACAGGCCAGACUCAACAACAAGCUGACCAGUUUGUUAUGGACAGUCCAUGAGCCGACCACGGUGGCUCUGACACUCAUGUACUGCCUGUCCUUCCUGGUUGGGUUCGUAGGGAACAUCAUGUCAAUGAAGGUGCUUACCAACCGACGUAGCGAGAGACUAGCCGCGGUCAGCGCCACACGGUACCUCCUGGUUAACCUGGCGGUGUGUGACCUGGCCGUGGUAUGUGUCUGCAUGCCCAUAACGCUGGGUCACCAGAUCUACUCGGCCUGGGUCUACGGGGACUUCCUCUGCCGAGCGGUCCCCUUCACCCAGGCCGUCUCCGUGUCGGCUAGCGUGCUAACGCUUACGGUCAUCAGCGUCAAUCGUUACUUCAGUGUACGCUGCCCGCUCCGUGCCCGCUCCCUCUUUACCCGCCGCCGGAUCCUAGCGACGGUCGCCGUGGUGUGGGUGGUGUCAUCAGCGAUCUGCGCCCCAUUGGUGUUCAUGAACCGGCGAGAUGAGAUCAGCCUGGGGGCGUCGUUUGUGAUCCCUGUGUGCCAGGAGGUGUGGCCGGGGCCGCGUCUGAAACAGGGCUACACGGUCUUGCUCUUCGUGGCGCUCUACUGCAUCCCUGUGACCUUUAACCUCACCAUCGGCUUCCUGACUGGCCGCCGGCUCUGGGGGGACGGGAAGCGGACGUUUACGGAACUCGACUCUCGAAGCCGAGCGCUCCACACUGAGCGCCUCAAGACGAGGAAGAAGAUAGCCAAAAUGGUGGUGGCCCUGGUGCUGCUGUUUGCAGUUUCCUGGCUGCCCCUAUAUCUGGCUGAGUUCUGGAUUGACCGAGUGCAGCAUCCGCCAUCUUGGCUCAUGCAGACCCAGCCCUUUGCCCAGUGGCUGGGCCUCACCAACUCCAGCCUCAAUCCUAUCUGUUACUGCUUCAUAGGUGAUCUCCACCGUGGAGCCAAGGUGUUUCGUACCCACUACCACCGCCGGAUCGCUGCUCUCUUUGGUUCCUCUUUCGCCAACUCCGCCACGACCACCGUCGCCGAGGGAGGAGUAGCCGCGGCAACCGUGGCCGCGUCCACGGCAGCCAUUCCUAAGUUGUUUACCUUCUCCAGGGGGGCAGGGGGGCCAGGCAAGAUGGAGGACGGGUUUGAUAACAGUCUGUCUGACUGGUACAAGUCCAGCCUCAAGUGGACACCUCACCUUUAA